GCCAGUUUACCGCGUCAUUUCCUGAGGAGACUAUCGAAGCACGAACCGCUAUGAAUUUUCGUUUAAUCUUUCUUCUAUGUCUCUUUUACAGUCAAUAUAUUUCGUGUGAAAAUUAUUUAAAAAGAGAGCAUUCUUUAGUGAAACCUUACCAAGGUACCAUUUAUUUUCAUACUUUUUAUUGUAGAUGUAUGACGAAUCUUUAGGACAAAGCAGACGAUGUCGGUGUUCGCUUUUUUAGUUAUUUUUUCACUUAUCACUUAGAUGGGAAGUGGGAUUUUGUUGGCAGUACCAUGGUUACCAAUAGUUAUAUACGAUUAACUCCUGAUCACCAGAGUAGACAAGGCGCUAUAUGGAAUAAUAUUCCUAACACUAUACCAGACUGGGAACUUCAUGUUAGUUUUAAAGUUCAUGGAACUGGAACUGAUUUAUUUGGAGAUGGGAUGUCGAUUUGGUAUACCAAAGAGAGACUACAAUUAGGACCUGUAUUUGGAAAUAAAGAUUAUUUUAAUGGAUUGGGCGUCUUCCUGGAUACAUACAGCAACCACAAUGGACCACAUAAUCAUGGCCAUCCUUAUAUAUCUGCUAUGGUAAACAAUGGCACUGGACAUUAUGAUCAUGACAAAGAUGGAACACACACGGAAUUAUCUGGAUGUGAAUCCCAUUUUAGAGGCGCAGAUACAGAUACACUUAUUGCUAUUCGAUACUUGAAUAAUAAACUAGUUGUGUCAACUGAUAUUGAGGGAAAAAAUGAAUGGAGAGAGUGUUUCUCUGUAGAGGGUGUUCGUUUACCAACUGGAUAUUAUUUUGGAGCAUCAGCUGCAACAGGAGACUUAGCCGAUAACCAUGAUAUUAUAUCGAUGAAACUUUACGAACUUGAGGGAAAUCGAAAGGAAGGUGAAGACUUUUCCAAAAUUUCACCAGAGGCAGACUUUUUUGUUCCCCCUAGAGAUCACAUUGAUGAUGCCAAGCCGUCUUCACUCUCUGGAUGGAAAUUAUUUUUCCUAAUUGUUAUCGGUUUAGUGGGAGUAUCAGUCUGUGCCAUGAUUGGUUUUGUAAUUGUUACUAAAAGAGCAGAAGACCAGCGAAAGAGAUUUUAUUAG